AACACACGCGCACGCUCUCGCGCACGGAGGGAAACACGCAGGGCUUUAAUCCGUGGACACAAAACAGCCUCACGCGGACGGAAGGGGCGCGAGCAUGGCUGCCAGUCGGUGAAGCGCCGAGCACGAGAGCAGAAAAGGAAAUGAGCUCCUCUGAGCCUGACGUUAACACAGACGGGACAGUGCCUGAGAAAGAUGUUAAGGCUGAGAAGGACACGGACGACAGCACUGACCAUGAGAAGACACCGAGUUUGGAGUGCUUUACGCGACGGCUCACUAAAAGACCAGCAUCACACAUCAGUUUAGACGGCCUUAAUGCAGAGCAGUACCGCUCCUCCUGCAGGAAGAGGGCAAAGAUUGGAGAACACCUCCAAGAUGGAGGCUCUGAGGACACGCCCAAGUCACAUGGCAUUCGGUCAUCUCCUCAAGAGAGAACUAUCUUGUCAUACAGGAAACCUCUGUACAGCAUCUCCCACCGUAUCACUGAGAAGAAGGCCACAUCCAGCUUGGACCAGCUUGGACAGCACGAGCCUGGAAUCCGUGUCAGCCACAAUGGCAUCAUUUUCCCAAAGCUGGGCAGCCCAGGGGAGCACAAUCGAUUUGAGUCCCCUUCAGCUGCAGAGUCCACUGCAUCCCCUGUAUCCUCGGAAACCCACCUGUACCCGCUCUUUGAGAAGAUGUUCUUCAUCCUCAACACCCUAAACUCUAGCAUGACCCAGCUGCACAGCAAGGUCGACCUCCUAUCACUGGAGGUGACCCGCAUCAAGAAGCAGAUCAAGCCUGCGGAGAUGCCUAUGGAAUUCCAGCCUCCACCAGAAUACCUCUUGACGAGUGAGGAGCUCGCUCAGUUGAUGGAGCAAACCUCCACAGCUGGUGAGCUGGGCUGCAGGCUGCUAGUCCAACUCUUCCCAGAACUUUUUACGGCCAAGGAAUGUGCACAUGGUUGCAAAUCCUGCAGUGCUGCAAGUAAACGCACUCUGGAUUCUUUGCACCUUCAGCUCAUACGCAACUAUGUGGAGGUCUGCUACCCGCUGGUCAAGAAUGGCAACGUUUGGCAGACCGAGUGCCUCAUGCAGAUCAAUGACUUUUUCAAUCGUUUCUGGGCUCAGAAGGAUUUGGAGAGUGGGCAGAUCUGUGGGAAACAGACUCCAGUGGUCCUUGGCUUUGAUGUGGUCCAAAACCAUGGCUGUCAUUUCAUCAAUGAGGAAGGACAAGACGAAAGACUCUCGCUUGACUCUGGAGAGAACAGCAACAAUGGUAGUCAUCUUGGCAAUGCCAAAUCAGAUGCUGCCUUUGAUACUCAAGACACUGGGGAGGAUCCUGAUGACAUCACCUCACCUGAAGACUUCAUCGUGUUUCUUUUAAAUAGACUCUUUCCAGAAGUGUUUGAAGAGGGUAGGCUGCCUGAGGGUCACAGCACUGUGGGACAGUUGAUUAUCGGUUCAGACAGACUGGACAUUAUACGCAAGUACAUGGAGGCGAAUUUUCCAGAUAUACCUGAAGACACUUGGAUGCAGUUGUGCGUCCAGCGAAUGGAGGAAGCUCUUGAGAAUGCCCCCACUGAUGGCAGUAACCUGGACAACAACCAUGAGGAGAGCUACGACUCUGCUUGCCUCCCUGACGACAUUUCCAUAGUCAAGGUCAGUGACCUUUGUGAUUAUGACAAGCCUAAUCGUAGGUCGAAGAAGUCUUGGCUGGAACCUGUUGAUUUUGACGAAAUGAACAUCCCGCUACCAGAUUUUGAUGUUCCUCAAGAGUACCUGCUCACCAAGGAACAGCUAAAGAGCAUCUACAACAGCAGUUUGUCUAUUGGAAACUUCGCCUCCCGCCUCCUGGUCCUCAUGUUCCCUGAACUGUUCACGUAUGAAAAUGCACGUAAACACUACAAUUGCAGUGGUUCCUUGGGCAAGAAGCAGUUGGAUCCCGUCCGGGUCAGCCUCAUUCGCCAUUAUGUCCAGCUGCUCUACCCUAGGGCCAAGAACGACCGCGUCUGGACGCUUGAGUUUGUCGGCAAGCUGGACGAACGCUGCAGGCGAAGGGACACAGAGCAGCGUCGGUCCUAUCAGCAACACCGCAAAGUCUCCGUCCCUGAGCAAGAACUCGAUCCUAGAGACUUUGGGACCGUUAGCCAGAUCAACCCACUAAACCCAGAGCGCCUCAAGGAGGAUUUCGAAGUGCCCUCACUACCACCCGAGAAAAGUAGCAAAGACUUCUGCAAGAUCCCUCUAGAAGACCUCACGGUGUCCACCCCAGACUUUCCAGUGCCUUCCACCUACCUUCUCUCGGACGCCGAAGUUCGAGAAAUAGUUCAGCAGAGUCUGUCCGUUGGGAACUUUGCCGCCCGGCUUCUCGUGCGCCUGUUUCCAGAGCUUUUUACGCAGGAAAACUUGAGGCUUCAGUACAACCACUCCGGUGCCUGCAACAAGAAGCAGCUCGACCCUGUGCGCCUUCGACUCAUACGCCAUUACGUGGAGGCUGUGUAUCCCGUGGACAAAAUCGAGGAGGUUUGGCACUACGAAUGUGUACCUAGCAUUGACGAGCGAUGCAGGCGCCCGAAUCGCAAGAAAUGCGACAUUCUGAAAAAGGCCAAGAGAUCGAACAGCACUGUGUCAUGAUCAUAACAAGAUGCCUUGAGGCCCCUGAUCUGUCUGUCCUUAUAUUUUACACAAACGUGUAUUUUCUUUGCACAAGUCCAUAAGCUGAAGCUGCAUAGUGAAACGUAUAUAAAAUGCCCAGUCAUGUAGGAUGAGGCCACAUCAGUGGUCCUUGUACAGGAUAUGUUUGUAACAUGUAGCUGCAACUCCCGACAGUGAGGUUCUCUUUAAAGACACUGUCGACUGAUAGUGACAUAUUAGUGUUAUUUAUAUGCCAAACUAUUGUUGUAAUUCCAACUUCUAAUAAGCUAUCAUAGCCUUAAACACAUACAUAAAGUAUAAACAUUUACCUUUUAGACAAUAUAGGUCACUUUAGUCGGGGAGUGGGGCGGGGACAGAGACAUGUGAUAUAUAUUUUUGUUUUUAAUUAAUUGUAGCAACGUUGCAGCACUGGUCUUUUUUCUAACUCUGAAUUUAUGAGCAUAUGUCCUACCUGCAGUCUAUAAUAAAAUAUAGAAACAGAUUGUCACUAUUUUUAAAUAAAAUUACAUUUGUGGAGAAACAUCGUUUGUUUAAUUAGCAAUCACUAAGCCUCAGGAUUCAGGUAAGAACAUAUUUGGACAUGAGGUGCACAAGCAAAAAUGGACUUCUGUCAGAUUCAUUAAUUUUCUCAUUUUAUUUGCAAUAAUUUUUCAAUAAAACCUUUGACACAAGGAUUGUAAGUGGGGGUGGGGGUGGAAAUAUGUAUGAAUUUAGCAAAGAAAGACUUGUUCUCGGUAGUUCCGUCAUGUGAUCCUUGAAUAUCUUGAUAGAUAAUAUUGCUAAUGUCAAUAAAAGUGGCUAAACGUG